AUGAAUUUCCUGGAUGAACUUGCUAACAGGCUCUUGGGGGAAGAGGAUGUGGUGGAGGGACAACAACUCAGUGACUUUGUCAUCAUCUGGACAACUCAUCAGCAGAGAAAUAUUGCUCUGCGACUGUAUGACAAAAAUCAUUUUGCCUUGUUAUGGAAUGCACCUUCAAAUCCAUGUUUGCAAAAGUAUGAUGUUCCCAUAAAUCUGAGUCAGUUCACUGCAGUAAACCUCGCCACAAGAAACAUGGUGGAUCAGCAACUCACACCGUUUUGCAGACUAAGAUUCUACCCAUCUGCUGAGAAUGUUCAGUAUUAUAUACCUUCAGGAGAUUCCAAAGUGUUAACAGUGAUCGAUUGGGACUCCAGUGACUACUUAAAAGGCUUCUACCUGUUUCCAGACUGUUAUAACUAUGACUACACAAAUACUGGUCAUGUUUACACUGGCAAAUGCCCCCCUCUUGCUAAAACUAGAAAUGAUCAAUUAAAAUGGCUGUGGGAAGCAAGCACAGCACUUUAUCCAUCAGUUUACUUGUCAACGUUUUUAAAAAACUCAGACAAAACAGCUUUAUUUGUACGCAAUCAGGUUUAUGAAGCAAUGCGGGUGGCCGCACUUCCCAAACGACUCUUUGUCCCACCAGUUUAUGUGUACAACCGACCAGUCUUCACAGAUGCUACUGAUCAGUUUUUAAAUGAGAAGGAUCUUGUCAGCAGUAUUGGUGAAUGUGCGGCUUUGGGAGCUGCUGGAGCUGUUAUAUGGGGUGCAUCCGCUGACUAUAGCAAUAAGGAAUUAUGCCAGGCACUGUCAAAGUACCUAACAGCAACACUGAACCCCUACAUUGCAAAUGUGACUGCAGCAGCAAAACUUUGCAGUGACAUUCUUUGCCAAAGCAAUGGAAGAUGUGUCAGGAAGAAUUACAACUCCAGUGAUUACUUACACCUCAAUCCUGCGAACUUCAAAAUACAAAAGAGGCAGAAUGAAAAAUAUGUUGCUUUGGGAAUAGUAACCUCUGCUGAAAUGAACGCCCUUGCAAGCAAGUUCACCUGCCAGUGUUAUACAGGAAAGAAAUGCCAGGCUCAGUUACCAACUGAUAUUUCAAACACUCCACAAAUCAUUCAGAUCUAGUACUGACAUGAUAUACAGUACGGACUCAGAAAGAUUGAUGAUUUGCUUAAAAUGAAGUUGUAUUUUGUUUAAAAACUAAUUACACAUUCUUAUCAAACAGUUUAAUGGUGUUAUAUUAGAAUACUUUUUUGUGAAGAAAAGGAUUUGUUUUUUUUGUGGAAAAUGGGAUGGGAGGAAGCCAUGGAGCUGAAGGAAGGAGGAGCUCCAUAGUGCCUCUCCUGCCUGGAGUUUGGGAACCUCAGGGAUGUGUGCCCCAACAAAGACCCUCUCUUUGUGCAGGCCUUCGAUCGGGGUCAGGUGGAGGCCGCAGAAGAGUGAUGUCCCAGGGACCAGCCCAGAGAAGGAAGAAGGGGAGGAGCAGCUGUUCCCAGAGUCAAGCCAGGAAGGCAGUGCCAGCUCCAGAGCUGCCUCCUCCAGGAGGAGAAAGAAACAGCAGGCGAAGCCCCACUGUCUCCAGCACAGACAAGGAUCAUCCAAACCCAGAGAUCGACCUGAGGAACUGACAUUGCUGGGUGUGCAAGGAUGGUGCUCAGGCACCUAUCUGCGUGCUGUCCCCUCCACUGCCAGCAGGGAGAACAGGCAUCCCGCUGUGGUGGAUGAAGAA